AUGCGCUGGAAGGGCAGCGGGGCUGCGGUGCUGCUCUGGAAGCACCGGGAAGCAAAGGUUCUCCUGUCGGGACGCAUCCCGGGGCCGGGCCUCACUGCUGCCCCAGCCCUGCGCUCCCCGACGGCGGAGGUGUACGCGGGGCCGCCCAGCCGGACGCGGCUCCCGACCCCCGGGCUGCUCCUCCUCACCGACUCUGGUGGCAGAGAGGGGAGACGGGGAAGCUCCGCGCCCCGACGGCGGCAGGGAGAGGGGCUGACUGCCCCCGAUGUGAUUGAUGGGGCGGAGGUGCGGCUGCCGCUUCCCCAACUCCUCUUCCCUGGUCAUUCCUGGCGCCUUCCCUUGGAAGGGACGGCGGCUCCGUGGGCUCCCCAUGAAAAACGUUUCCCGACGUGGUGCCAACAAGGCACCCUAACCCUCAACCCCCACCCCACAGCCCCAAACCCGACUGUUUCCUCGCGUUUUCCGUUACGAGAAGCGGAUCUCGGCCCACGCCGCUUUAUUCCGGGCACGGCCGCCCCUCGAUCCCGGCGCUGCGAGAAGAAGGAGGGGGGACCCGGCGGUGCGCGCACCCAGCGCCCGCCUCCGCCUUUCGGGAGCGGAAAGCCGGGAGGGGAGGGCACGGCCGGGGAAGGGACGGGAGGGGACGGGACGGGACGGGACGGAGCGGGUGGGUCGCGGCGCUGUCCCUGCCCGCCGUUGAGCUCCGGCCCCGCUGCGAGUCGUUUCUGCCGGGGGCUUCCCCCGACGGGGCCCCCGCACCGCUCCGCUCCGCGCACUCAGGCGCUGCCUCUCUCUCCUCCCCUGCAGAAAAGCCACGUCCCGCCGCUCCCGCAGCGCGGGGAAGAGGCAGAGUCGGCCAAAUUUCUCCUCCUCACCCUCCUCUCCCUCGCUUGCAUCGCCGGGGUCCUGGCAGCAUCGGGGGUCGUCUACUGCCUACGGCACCGCGCCCACCACCGGCUCAAGGAGAAGCUCUCGGCCCUGGGGGCUGACGCCGGAUCCGAUGCUACCGCUGCUUAUCAGGAGCUGUGCCGUCAGCGCAUGGCCGUGAAGACAUCUGAUCGCCCAGAGCCCCUGCGUGCCUCUCGAAUCAAUAGUGUUUCCUCCCAGUUCAGUGAUGGGCCCAUUCCCAGCCCUUCGGCUCGCAGCAGCACGUCGUCCUGGUGUGAGGAGCCGGUGCAGUCCAACAUGGACAUCUCUACUGGCCACAUGAUCUUGUCCUACAUGGAAGAUCACCUGAAAAACAAGAAUCGUCUGGAGAAAGAGUGGGAAGCUCUUUGUGCUUAUCAGGCUGAACCCAAUGCCACCACUGUUGCACAGAAGGAGGAAAACACCCAGAAGAAUCGCUCCCGGGCUGUAGUACCAUAUGAUCACUCCAGGAUAUGUCUGAAAGCUGAAAAUAGCCACGACAAUUCAGACUACAUCAAUGCUAGCCCAAUUAUGGACCACGACCCCCGAAACCCAGCCUUUAUUGCCACCCAGGGCCCUCUCCCUGCUACUGUUGCUGACUUCUGGCAGAUGGUCUGGGAGAACGGCUGUGUCGUUAUUGUCAUGCUGACACCCCUCACGGAAAGCGGAGUCAAGCAGUGCUACCACUACUGGCCCGACGAAGGGUCAAACCUCUACCACAUCUACGAGGUAAACCUUGUCUCUGAGCACAUCUGGUGCGAGGAUUUCCUGGUGAGGAGCUUCUACCUGAAGAACCUGCAGACAAAUGAGACCCGCACGGUGACACAGUUCCAUUUCCUCAGCUGGAAUGAUCAGAGAGUUCCUGCUUCCACAAGAUCGCUGCUGGAUUUCCGCAGGAAAGUAAACAAGUGCUACAGGGGUCGCUCUUGUCCAGUAGUUGUUCACUGCAGUGAUGGUGCAGGAAGAAGUGGAACCUACAUUCUAAUUGACAUGGUUCUCAAUAAAAUGGCUAAAGGUGCUAAAGAGAUUGAUAUUGCUGCUACCCUGGAGCACUUGAGGGACCAGAGACCAGGCAUGGUCCAGACGAAGGAGCAGUUCGAAUUUGCUUUGACAGCAGUUGCAGAGGAAGUGAAUGCAAUACUCAAGGCACUUCCUCAGUGAGCAGCUCGGUGUCCCGGAGGUUCCCGCAGGAUCCAGCCCUCGUUUCCUCAUCCUCAGUCCCUGUGAAUGUUCUUGGAAACCGUGACCUGACCUUAACUAUGUAUUUUCUGUUGUAACCACAUAGUGAUAGGGUCCUUAGAAACUCCUAAGCUGAUAAAAUUCAACAGUUAAAAUGUGUCUUCUGUUUUUGGGUUUUAAAACAAAUUUUAAGAAAGUACAUCAAAGCCUCGGAUUAAGUGACACAACAGUCCACCUAAUCCCUCUCUCAUCCUCGAAGACCUGAAUGUCAAACUUGGAAAGCACACAUUCCUGUUCUUAAUAGCGAAUAUUCAGUAUUGUGGGUAACUAGUGCAGUUAAUAUAGUCUCAGAAAACAGUGUUCUGUUGUAUUUCGUAACUCCUUAAAAACCAAAUGAGAGUGAGGGGCCUGAAAGGGAUGGCAAUUGUCCCUCUACAAUGCCAAGCGGAGGCAUGGAACUGUGCAGAGGGUGUGAGUAAACACAGGUCUAGGCUCUGGCAAAGGGAGCUUGCACCUUCUCAUGCUGAGCUUUAGCAAGCAAACAUUUUCUUAACUGUUGUUUACUUUUCAGCUUUGUGCUGUGAAUGGAAGAAAAUCUGAGCUAUAAGUAAAUAGGCCAGCACGGUUGUUGCAACUGGGGAGAACAAGUUGGUCACAUUAAUGGGAACCUGGGGACCAGUGAGCACCACAGCUCUGGCCAAGUGCCUACAGCGUGGAGUAGGCAAGCAUAGAUGCACCUCCAACCAUGAGCAAGGCACCUGGCCCACCAGGUGCAUGUCCAGAGCUGGCAUGGACACGGAUUGCUGACAUUUUGGGAUUACUGAGGAAGAAAACGGGACUCUUCUCUUUAUAUUUUUGCAUUUUGCUCUUUCAAGCUCUGCUGUGCGAUCCUUUCGAGCCGGGGAAAUAUAUUUCUGUAAAAGCCUGGCUGAAGGAAGAAUUGCCAAUCUGCAUUUUAUGAUCCUCAUCAAGUUUGUCUGAGCCAGACAUUUGUUGCACCUUUCUGCUCUUUUCCUUUUUCUGAAUGACGCCUAUUUUAACUAUUAAUGGAUAAAGAAGCACAUAAGUUUCAGAGAUUUUUCUGUUCUCAAAUCCUAAUACCUGCUGUUGCAAAGUAAUGCUAAAAUAUGUCUGUAAAUGGCUUGGUUAUGCAAUUUUGCUUAUGUGAAACCACAGUUUUAGUUGUGGCACUCUACUAAAGGGAUUGAAGCUACUGAUGGAAGGUACUCUGAUUUGUUAGAAUGAAGGGCCUGAAAGUGACAUUUUCAAAUGUGACUCUGAAUUUCAUUUUCAGAACUGAAUACUUGGACACUUUCAUCCGUUAUCCUACAUCUCUGUGAUUUAAACAUUUUAGUGUUGGUUGUUGUUUUUUUUCCCCAAAAUCUUAACGGCAUUGUAUACCUGGAAAAUACAUAAUUAAAUCUGAUUUGGGAGGCUGAAAGUUUGAUAAACUUCUAAUCAGUGAAAUGUUAAAAAUACAAUAUUGGAGAGUUUUGCUGGAACAGAGGUAACGGGCAUCUAUUGAAAUCAGCCAGGUUGCAGUUUUGUGUUGUAGGCAUGAAUAUUGGUGAUCUAUUCUUUUUAGCAAUUAAAGCAGAAGACUUGUUACUUUUCGCCAUACAUUUUUGCAUGCUUUUCUUGGUAUGUGCUGCUGCUUAAUUUGUGCAUCCCAUUACUAUGGCAGUACAGAGCAUUUACUGCAGAUGCCAUCAUCCUCUUAAGUACAUGUGCUGUACAUUAAGCCACAUGUUUAUUUUAUGGCCUAAGCAUUUUAGAGCUUUCCUAGCAAUAACUAAAAAAACUAAUGGAGUAUGAAUGAGAAAAUUGCCUUUUUCAUUUGAUAAUUUAGGCUUAACAGGUUUCUUUUAUUACUUCAGCUAACACACAAUUGCAGAUCGGGGCAGAUGAGAUCAGUUUGAGCAGUAUCAGCAACUGUUUGAGGUAGAUUUACUGUGAGCCAUGUACUGCAGCUUUCUGCAAAUACGGGUAGUUAUAUCCAUACAAACAGUCCAAGGAAGAAAAUAAGGGCAUCCUAAGUCUACCCCUCAGAUUCUUGGGUAAAAAGAUUUCUCAGGGCAAGAUGCUGUACCAUUGCCUACUGCCAAAAAGAUAAUGGGUUUUCAGCACAGAUUUCAGCCCUGAGAUUUAUUAGUGUUCACCUCCUGACCAUCCCUUUGCACACCACAAACAUGGCUGACAAGCUGUUCAUUUGCACUUUAGGAAUAUUUUUUAAUUGUUCUUCUGCAAAUAUUUGCAUUUCAUAAUAGUAAUUUCAGGGUGAUCUCUAUUAUUUCACAAGCGGCUGAGUAUGAGACUAAAAUAUUGGUCUUCAUGCUUUGGAGUUUAUUUAGUGUAAAUUAGAGGGCAUUAAUCUUCCGCAGUGCUAAUGGGGCAGGGAUGUGUUGUUUUAUUCAUACUUGUGGGCUGAUUUACACAGCAGAAGGAUGCAGUCUUACUCAGAGGGUUGGGAUAUCUCCUACUGAAUGUCAUGGACAAUCCUGUUUAUUCAGCCGUUUUGCACAGUUCUUCCACAAAGAGAUGCCAGGUUUAGUCUGCUGACUGUAAGCUACCACACAGAUUAUUUCAUCUGUGCAGGUAAGGCAUUGUUCACACCUCUCCAUAAAUGCCAUCUAUAAAUGUGGGCAGUCAUUUGUUGCAGGGCCUGUGAGUGAAAUGGAGUUCAGUUGCACCAGGGUGAUCCAGAAGGGUCUGACAGUCCAUUUCCCAGGGAGAUGCCAAAACCAUGGAAAUACAAACCUGGUGAAACCACAGAGAUAGAUUUCUCAUGCAGGACAGGUAUUUAUUUGUCCUUUUGACUGCGGUUUGUGAUCCUUACAGCUGGAUAAAGGAUGUGACUCAGGCUGCCCCAGGCCACUUGCACUGGAUUU